AUGUGGAUAAUGUAUAAUGGCUUUAUUAUUUUCUUCGCGUAUUUAUUGAUAGUGUCAUAUGGUAGCGUGGAUUUAAGGACAUUGAAAGGAAAGGAUACAUAUGCGGAAGAAUUGCUCAUUAAAAGGUUAAAAAGUGGGCAUCUCUUAGCACAAUUUCGAUUUGUUAUUACAUCUGAUGCUAAAUCAGGGUUGGAUUAUGUUUUGUUUCCGCGCAUUAUCAGUGAAGUGGUAACGAAACAUCAUAUCCAGGAGUUUCAUUUAUCACUUACACAGGGUUUCUGGAGAUUAAACGAAUGGGGAGUACAACCUCAACCAUCUUCACCAAGUGGUGCACAGUUAUAUGCUUUGAUUAGUGGAAAUAGUACAAGCAAACUAGUCGAUGAAAGGUGGUCAAGUUUUGUUAAUUCGAUGAAUGGUAUUUUUUGUACAUCUCUUCUUGAUAUUUUGCCUACUUAUACAGCUGUACCACAACUUUCUUUUUCCCAUAUGGGUUAUGUGAAUCCAAAAGGUUCAUCGCAAAUAAGUGAAAUUCAGCUAUCUUCAAAACGGUUGUUAAGUAGUAAUUUAAAACUCUCUGUUUAUAUAUAUUUAAAUCUUCAGGAUGGGACAACGAAUUGUGGAACACGGCGAAGACUGGAGCUUAGUUUAAAUUUCGUGUCGGGAUUGGAUUUGAAAUCCAGAAAUUUGGAUUGGAGUUUUCGGCAUAUAUUUGGUAGACGAAUCGAUCAAAAGUGUGUAGUAGCAGAUAGGGACAUUGUUUUAUUUGAAGUGGAUCGGAAGGUUAUGAUGGAAAACAGUGAACAGCGAAAAAUAGGUGAUCGAAUUUACUCACUGUACAACAUUUCCGCUUACCCACAUCAUACAUUUCCGAUUGAUAUAAGUGCAAAAUAUGAAAGUCGUUUGGAAUUACCGAUCGAUAAUAGUCCUACCUUGGUUACGAUUCGAACUUAUGCUUCGGGUACAGAUCAACAAUCGGGACGUCUAAUUAGUAUUUUGAGAAAUGGACAACAUAUACCACAAUGUGUUGUUUAUACCCAUGUAGUGCCGUGGUUCAUAAAAAUAUAUUAUCAUACAAUUCGUUUUACUUGUCAUUCUCUAGACAUUAAACAGGAACAGUUCCUAGAAGCGAAAGUAAACAAAAAAGUCUUUGUGUCGGCCAAAGAUCGCCAACGGCCAUUCCUUCUGGAAUGGAAUGUUACUCUUCCAGAAAACUCAUUUUGCGAAAUAUCUUUUGAAUUCGAUAAAGCCUUCUUGAGAGUGAGUGAAUAUCCGCCAGAUGCUAACCAUGGCUUUUAUAUUCCAGCACCUGUUAUAACUUUUACUGCUGCUGCUGAAUUGUGGAAAAGAAAUCGAACUGACCUUGGUGAUUCACUCACUACCACUUAUGAUGAGAUAUUAGGAGCGAAAAGUUCGCGCAUAAUAACAAUGCAUGGUGAGGUGCUGCUUGUUUUACUACCGGUACCGGAUUUUAGUAUGCCAUUCAAUGUAAUUUGCCUUGUUUGUACAGCAAUUGCUAUGCUUUUUGGACCAGUACAUACUUUGACUACAAAAAUGAUGAUACCUCUCUCGGAGGAAGAUAAAGAUUUAGCUCCGCUUCCACCACUGCGACGACUUUUGUUAUAUAUUUAUGAAUUUAUCAUUCGGCGAUUGAUCCCAAUAUUCGUAAGACAAUCAGUCGUUAGAAAAGAAAAAGUUUCAUAA